CAGCGCAGUUUUCGACCCUCCUUAAUGUCAGUGUUAUGAGACGUGUUUUUUCGGGGGUGUUUUAGUAUUUGCGUGCCAGGCUGGCGGGUUACACAAGCUACCUCUAAAGUAAGAAAAGGGUUUUGGGUUUUGGGUUUUCUGGAAAAAGGCACUCCGCUUUCGGCUCGUGAGUGUGCACUAGCUGUCACACGAUGUUUCCAGCUAGCAGAUACUCAUGUCAAGCCCACAGGUGUAUCCGGGCCUUGAAAGGCAUCACCACCGAGCACGCCGCCCCCCAGCUCUACACGACACUCCACAGGAGGGCUCGCUCGUCCGCCGCCACGCCGCAGAUCACCACACACUACACCAUCCACCCUCGAGAGAAGGACCCGCGAUGGGAAGGCGUGGAGAUGGAGAGGUUUGCCGACGAGGCCGACGUGGUGAUCGUGGGCGGCGGCCCGGCCGGCUUGUCGGCCGCCAUCCGCCUGAAGCAGCUGGCCAACGAGCAGGAGAAGGAGCUGCGGGUGUGCCUGGUGGAGAAGGCCUCUCAGAUCGGCGCUCACACUCUGUCAGGAGCCUGUCUGGAGCCCAGCGCCCUCAGCGAGCUCUUCCCGGACUGGAAGGAGCGAGGAGCGCCUCUGAACACUCCAGUGACUGAAGAUAUCUUCAGCAUUUUAACAGAGAAGCACAGAAUCCCGGUCCCCAUGCUGCCAGGCCUGCCCAUGAAUAACCACGGCAACUACAUCGUGAGGCUGGGGAACUUCGUGCGCUGGCUCGGGGAGCAGGCGGAGGAGCUGGGCGUCGAGCUGUACCCCGGCUACGCCGCGUCUGAGGUUUUGUUUCAUGAAGACGGAAGCGUGAAAGGAAUCGCCACCAACGACGUCGGCAUCGCCAAGGACGGCUCGCCGAAGGAUGUGUUCGAGCGGGGCAUGGAGCUGCACGCCAAGGUCACGCUGUUCGGAGAGGGCUGCCACGGACACCUGGCCAAGCAGCUCUACAAGCAGUUCAACCUGCGAGAGAACUGCGAGCCGCAGACCUACGCCAUCGGCCUGAAAGAGGUGUGGACGAUCGACGAGAAGAAGUGGAGGCCGGGCCGGGUGGAGCAUUCGGUGGGAUGGCCGCUGAACAGGAACACCUACGGAGGAUCCUUCCUCUACCACCUGAACGAAGGGGAGCCUCUGGUGGCGCUGGGCUUCGUGGUGGGUCUGGACUACUCCAACCCCUACCUGAGCCCGUUCAGGGAGUUCCAGCGCUGGAAGCACCACCCGUUUGUGGCUCCGACGCUGGAGGGAGGCAGCAGGAUCGCCUAUGGAGCCCGGGCCCUGAACGAGGGGGGCCUGCAGUCCAUCCCCAAGCUGACCUUCCCCGGCGGGCUGCUGAUCGGCUGCAGCCCCGGCUUCAUGAACGUCCCCAAGAUCAAAGGCACCCACACGGCCAUGAAGAGCGGCAUGCUGGCCGCCGAGGCCGUCUUCGCCAGGAUCACGGCGGAGAGCCCGGAGUCGGAGACGGCAGGCCUCCACGUGCCGGAGUACUCGGACGCCCUGAAGGAGUCGUGGGUGUGGAAGGAGCUGUACGCGGUGAGGAACAUCCGGCCGUCCUUCCACAACUACUUCGGCCUGUACGGCGGGAUGGUGUACACCGGCAUCUUCUACUGGAUCCUCCGGGGGAAGGAGCCCUGGACGCUCAAGCACUGCGGCACCGACGCCAGCCAGCUGAAGCCGGCCAAGGACUGCACGCCCAUCGAGUACCCCAAGCCCGACGGCAAGCUGAGCUUCGACCUGCUGUCCUCCGUGGCGCUGAGCGGCACCAACCACGAGGGGGACCAGCCGCCCCACCUGACGCUGCGGGACGACGCCGUGCCCGUCGGCAGGAACCUGGCCGUCUACGACGGGCCCGAGCAGCGCUUCUGCCCCGCAGGGGUGUACGAGUACGUUCCCUUGGAAACGGGCGACGGGAUGAGGCUGCAGAUCAACGCUCAGAACUGUGUCCACUGUAAGACCUGCGACAUCAAGGACCCCAGCCAGAACAUCAACUGGGUGGUGCCCGAGGGCGGCGGCGGGCCGGCCUACAAUGGGAUGUGAACCUCCACACUCUGCUUUCAUUUGUUUUGUUUUUUUUACCUUUUAUCUUUACAGUAAUAAUUCAGGGCUCCAGUUUUUGCCUGUGUCUGAAUAUAAAAGUGCCUGAUUGUGGAGCUGCUUGAGGGACAAACGGUGGAAAGACCGAAUGUAGAGUCUAUCAGUUAUUAAUGACUUUUAGUAUCCUGGACCAUGUGAAAAGGUCCUUAUCUGCUGUUUGUUUCAUCGUUUAAAUUAAUUCAAUCAGCUUUUAAAGAAGCUUUAUUUCCACACAGUAUUGUACAUAUUUCACAGAGACGGUCAAUGAUCGCAGAAAAACGCUCGACUGUUAGCAACUGUUUUAUUGGCCUCUGUAAAAAACAUAAAUAAAACCAAACGGAUUAACUGUA